AGUCCGAUCUGGGCAUUACGAUCAGUUCGAAACUAUUAUGGAAUGUUCAGAUCAACAAAGUUCGGUCAAAAGCCAACAAAACGCUCGGGUUAAUCCGACGUUCUACCUUGGAGAUAACGGAUACCAACGCGAGAAGGCUUCUGUACCUUCAACUAGUGCGAAGUAACUUUUCCUAUGCAACCCAAGCCUAGUGUCCUCAGUCAGUGAAACUUAUUGAGGACGUUGAGAAAGUGCAGAGACGAGCAACUAAAUACAUAUUGAAUCUUGGGUUUAUCACAGACAUUUCUUACAAGACAAGACUCCUUCAGCUUGACAUAUUACCUGUCUCAUAUUGGCACGAAUACUUAGAUCUGGUGUUCCUCUACAAGAUCAUCAACAGUCUUACGUACAUUGACGAACGUGUUCUACCGAUCAUGGCUGGAUCAGGAAUUACAAGAAGUGAAUCCAACGCAAACCUAAUUAGAUUUGUUAUUCCUUAUGCGAAAACCGUAACAUUCCAGACCUCAUUUUUUAUAAGAAUACUUGCAAAACGUGGAACAUAUUAGAUAGUAACUUGCGUACUAGAGAUAUAGGUUUGCUGUCUUUUAAAUCAGGUCUUAAACUCUACUACAAACAUGCACUAUCCAAAACAUUCAAAUGUGACGAUCCGCGCACCUGGAAAUCAGUGUGUGUAAAGUGCAAAAGAGCAAGAUCGCUUAACAAAGAAAUAAGUUGUUGUUAGCCUUAUUAGUUUUAGCUUGUUGAGUUGCUUGAAAAUUUGUUUUGUACAGUAAUUUUAUUCUUGUUUAUAUGGGAUCGCCGUAAUUGGGGAAACCUGUGGCGAAUUCCCUGGCUCUAUAUGUUGCAUUUAAAUAGUAGCCGAAUCUUAUUAAAUAAAUUAAAUAAAUAAAUUCACGAAACACUCCUAGUAUAUUUCGCCAUAUUGAUUUUCUUCGCGCAUGCGCAGACAAAUUGCCCACCUGUUUUGUCCAUAGGUUUUGUCAACACCGCGGAAAAACGUCUGCGCAUGCGUCAAUCUUACCUGUAAUAGUAUUGCGAACUUGAUGAGAAGCUGUUCCGAACGUUUCCGAAAGCUCAAAAUGGCGGUAAAAAGGAGUGACUUCAUUGUGUGUCUUUACAGCCAGAUUUCGAGCGUAAAAAUAAACAUGUCAUUCUGAAAACUAAGAAUAAAUACAGCCAGAAGGUUCAAGAAGUUAUAUUGUACAAGAACAUGAACUAAAGGUGAUUGUUGACUAAUUUAUCGUCUGAAACAUUUUGUUUAUCAACUAAGCAACGACAAUUUCCGAAUUUUCGUUUAAGAUACAUUUCUUUAAAAAAAACUGUGUCGCCAAAUAUAAAAAAUUUUCGUGUUCACAUUAAUUAAACUUUAGGAUUUAUUCUACAAUUUGAGUGGGUUAAGAAGCUUAACUUUUCGAGAGUUUUCUUAACUUUUGAGUUUGAAUUUUUGUUUUGAAUAAUUUUGCAAAAAUUUUCGAAGUCGUGUCCGUUAAAAUCAACAAUUUUUUACAUGAAUUCUAUUUCAUUCCAUACUUUAAAUGCCAGGACGCUUUCAAUUAAUGUCUAGUCUACCCAUUUGCUAUAUUUUCUCGUUUGUUUUACUAAUUUUUAACCAAUUAAUAAGAAUGUUUUUGUUUUAGAAAUUGAUAUUCAAAUUCCCCGCCAUAUUUUCAUAAUUUGGUGCAUGCGCAGACGUUUUUCCGCGGUGUUGGUUUUGUCACACUAAUUAUUGAAAAAACCAUGAAAAAAUAUUUUUAAAAAAUUUAUUUCCGACCUACCGACCCUAAUUUUUUCGCGAUGUAAAACCUGAACCACAGGUAUUUUUUAGGCCUAAAUACCAUGAUUUGAUUAAUAGUUAUCUUCCCACCCGUUACCCCCACCCCCACCUCCCCUCCCCCACCCUAGUUGCAGACUUUACUCGGCGGUACGAGGCAGCGAGCUCAGUAACUGCUAUAAUCAUUAUAAAAAAUUCACAUUUGUUUCAGUACGUUGUUGGAUACGGAUUACAAAGGUGUUCUUCAGCAAAAAAUCAAACAAGGUUUUCCUUCGGGAAGGUACGACUUAAUUCACUUUAAAAGUCUUGAAAUUUAGGGUUCAUCAGCCAUAGUGGUCAAUGUGGAUUGUAUAUUGAUGUAUCUCUUGCUUGUAUAGUCUCGAUAUCGCAGGCGUAUUCCAAGGGAAACUACAGGCAGGGUUAUCUUCGAGUGCUGACACCGCUGCUGCAAGAAAAGCAUUUCUCGUAAGAACGAUGACUUUCAGUUUACUAUUACAGUUGUUUUAAAUCUGCAAUCACGUAAUAUAUCACAGUAAUAAAUCUGCAACUAAUUUAUUGCAUUUCGUUACUUUAGGUAACUUUGAACAACCUUCACGCCACUUGUGAAAAUAUUCAGAAAUUAAAACGAGAUUUAGAUGUAAGAAUCGUUAGUUUAUAAAGACGUGGUUAGCUAGUGAUUGGUUAGCGAGUGAGUCAGUUUGGUAGGUAGAUAGUUACCAAUUCGAGAUUCCCCUUAUUACGUUUUCGUACGUAGCGCUUUGCAUUGUGGUUAUAGUGGUAUCACUGAUAAAGAUAGCGGCCUAGCUCGAAUAAAAAUAUUGAAUCAUUUCGCGAAUAUUUUGCUGUUGGCUAUCGCGCACCUGACCCUAGCUUUUUUUAAAAGUUCUUGCACGGGUCAGGACAAAAAAUCAGCCAUCUUGAAUAUCAGUGAUACCACUAUAACCACAAUGCAAAGCGCUACGAAAACGUCAUAAGGGGAAUCUCAAAUUGGUUAAAUAUGAAGGAAAAUUGAUUUGAUCUGCUAAGUCAAAAUAAAAGGCAGGCGAAAUUCUACAAAAACAAAAUGGCGUCCAGUGGUUGAGGACACAAUCGAUUUGCAGUUUGCCAUUUUUGGGUAGCGGUUUGCCGUAACGUCAUACCAGAUAUAAGACCAUUUUGACAGUUCAAAAAUAGAAAAGGCAGACCAUAAUUUAUUUGACCCACCAUGCAAAAAAACAAGUUUGGCAGGCCAUAUGUAUUUCCUAUUUCGAACCCAGGGUGUUUGAUAACCAUUGCCGUCGACAAUUUCAUUUUGUCGCCGAAGAUUGCGAGGAUUGAGUUAGGUAACUUAGGUAGGUUGGUAGUUAGUUGGUCAAUAUAAAGCUUUAAACUAAUUUAUGUUAAUUUAUUCAGGUUGAGUGUACAAAGCUGAGUACCCAGGCUGGCGGAGAACACACGUCUGGAAAACUUCAGGUACCAAAAUUACACUCGCACUAUUUUCUAUGAUUUUCUUGUGUUUGUUCAUUCAGUGUUUAUAUAUAUUUCAUUAGAGUGGUCUUUCUGAUUUGUCUAAUACAAGCACUGUGUUUCGUGACUUACUGCAGGUAUGAAAUUAAGUUAUUAAUUCGAUAUACAUAAUAUAUGUCUUCAAAUUGAGCGUAAUGGAUAAUUCCAUGCAGCUAUAGACUAAAUUUUGAUCUAGGCAAGAAGAACAAAAUCCAUCACCACAGCUAGAAAGAGCAUGUUAAAAUUGGUGAAAUUGCAAAAUUUGGUCGCAAAUUUGCAAAUUUUGUAAUAAUUUAUAUUACGCACGCGAAAAUGCACCACAUUUGGGCCGAAAGUGGUGCAUUUUCCCGCGAGUAAUACAAAUUAAUACAAAAUUUACAAAUUUCGUAGGGCUAUAUUUUCCUUAUUUUACAGGGCUCUUUCUAGCUGUGGUCAUGGAUUUCGUUCUUCUUGCUUAGAUCAAAAUUUAGUCUAUAGCUUGAAUAAUUCAUUGUCUCUUGAAACGGCUGUAUACUAAAUGCCUCUAUUUCUAGCUGGGUUGUCGACAGUUGGCAGAUGUAGCUGUGAUUCCACGUCUCAAGCCACAAAUUGAUGGAUUCUCGUCAAUAAACCACCAUAUAACUGAGGUACGAAAUCCAAUAUUCUUCAUUGUGGGCUACAAUAAAAUAGGGAUGUACCGGACACUGGAUAUUAAAUGGUGCAUGGUACUUCAAUAUACUUUACUAUUUUUCGCAUAAUAUAGUCCAUUGAUUAUUAUGUGCUUUAUCUAGUUUCAUAUAAUACAGCAAGUAUAAAUAUCUAUGGCGAAUGGGUCUGCGGACAAUCUAGAGCAGAGCGCAGUUUACAUCUCGGAAACAUUUUCUGCAUGUCAUGUAUGCAGUAAUUGUUCCUGUUCUACAAUCUCUUAUCACCCGAAAAAGACAAAGAGAUCAAUUUUUUUUGGUUUCAUGAUUUUAAUAAAAGUAGCAGUAUUAUCCGGUAUAUAGUCAGCCAAAUUUUCCAGGAUACUAUAUCGCAUGUCUAUUUUUUACCGGACUCCAGAUAUUAGACAUUAUCCUGAUCCAGCAUCCCUACAAAGAAGUACCGCGGUGUCCCCCAAAAAGCUGCACACUGUUUGAUUUCAUGUAACGUAACAGCUAUAAAAGCUAGCUAUCGCAAUGAAAAUUAUGAAAUAGAGAUAAUUUCAUUCAGAAAGGACUAACUUAAAUUUUGAUAUAUAACACUUGAAUUCGAGCUUGGAUUUACAUGCAAUAUUGAGCGAGAUACAGCCAAAAUAAAACAAGUAUAACUACCACGAUAGUUAAAAGGUUCUUUUAUGCUAAUUUUUGGCAUUUUCAAAAACAGUGGUAAACGUUCAAACAUCAAUAGCGCAGUCAAUAUUGCAUGUAAAUUCAAGUGCUAUAUAUCAAAAUUUAAGUUAGUCCUUUCUGAAUGCAAUGAUUUUUAUUGCAUUGCGAUAGCUUUCAUAGCUUUUACAUUACAUAAAAUCAAAGGGACACCCGGUACAUUUUUACUUUCCACAAUUUUCAAGCAGGGAUGGAUCCAGCAAGGUUUUUCUAGGGGGGUGCUGCAGGGUGAGCAGCCGAGUGUUCCUUUAUAAUUCUUUAGGGGGUGGUGGGAGAGCAUUCAAAUGAAUUGGCUUCCUGACGAUUUGAGCGCUUCAGGAAGGCACUAGAUAGGAUCGACCUAAACCCCAUGAGCCAACAAUAACAUAAUAUUUUAUCAGCGGUAUUUUAAUGAACACUAGCGAAUUUCCGGAAUAUUCAGAAUUGGUUUCCGGUUUUCAAAGAGUGAAAAUUUCAGCUGUGAUGUGAUUUUAGUCUUCUUUUCCUUUGGAUGCAGUAUUAAAUAUUUACGCGAUCGACGGCAAGUUAAAUCGGUAAGUUUUAUUCUAACACACACAGUUUUACUACCUUACAUAAAAGCAGAAAUCUUUAUUAUACAAUUUAUCUAAUUUAUAAUAUAAUCUUGACUAUAAAGUAGCAAUUGAAGUACAAAAUGUCUAUUUACAUGCACUAAUAUACUAUAUAUUUAAUACCAGACAAUAUGUUGUCUGAUGUCACCAACCUUUACAUUAAUUUGCUUUAAAUAUAUGCUAGGUCUGGUGUAGUACUAGUAGAACUGGUGCAGGCUACAGUUAAAUCCAUCUGGAUUAAAUUAGACAAUUCUACAUUAUUUAGGGUCAAGAAAUUAAUAAAUACACCUUUGCAGUUCAAUUCAUUAAAUAAUUUGACUAAUGUCUCUGCUGAUUUUUCUUGUACUUACAAUUUUCAGCGUUGCCCCGGGGUCGAGGAAUUUGCUAAUAGCGAAUAAAAAAUGACAAAUCCCUGGGAUGUUGCCAGGGGGGGGGGUUGGAUGAUAACAGUACGAAUUGACUCAUGCAUUACCAUAACUAUAGUGCCAUUCAAUCACAAUACAUCCUUUUGAUAAUUACACCAUGACUACAUCCUUUGCCUGCUAGGGAGGCUCGCAUGAGUCUCAUGAAUCAAGACAUUGAAGGCAAUUUGCUGACAAUUCAUGAGAAUGAGGCUCCCAGGCUAUUGAGGAGAGAUUUAUGACAAUCCCACUGUUAAUUCACCCUUCAGUCACUCAUUAGAAAGGACUUAGCAACCAUUAAUAUAGAAUUAACAUAAAUGCACUAGUUUACACUCUCAAAAGUUCAAAUUGCCGUGCAUAAAUUCCACAUUAUUACUUGUGUCCCAAAAAAUGCUCCCAACUUUGUUUUGAAAUAUCACAACAUUAUCUUUGCUAAAAGUUUCAGAUCUAUAUACAGUACCAGAUAGGAUAUCUAUUGUAUGAUUUGCAUCAUUUAAAUCCAUCAAUAUUUGACUGGGUUCUACAGCACAUUUUCGAGGGGGUCUUCGGAAAACCGUUUCCGAAGGGAUCUAAAAUCAGUAACCUUGUCAACAGGGGGGUGUAAAUUUUAAAGGGAAUGGCUCCAAUUGACUCACUCUGGUAACUGUGUUUUGUUUAGAGUUGACCCCUCCCCCCCCCGUCAUUUUUGUGACGUCAUAUGGAACCCAAGAAUUGUGAUUGAAUGGCACUAUAGUUAUGGUAAUGCAUGAGUCAAUUCCUACUGUUAUCAUCCAACCCUCCGGCCGGGCAACAUCCCAGGGAUUUGUCUUAUUCGCUAUUAGCAAAUUCCUCGACCCCGGGGCAACGCUGAAAAUUGUAAGUACAAGAAAAAUCAGCAGAGACAUUAGUCAAAUUAUUUAAUGAAUUGAACUGCAAAGGUGUAUUUAUUAAUUUCUUGACCCUAAAUAAUGUAGAAUUGUCUAAUUUAAUCCAGAUGGAUUUAACUGUAGCCUGCACCAGUUCUACUACACCAGACCUAGCAUAUGUUUAAAGCAGAUUAAUGUAAAGGUUGGUGACAUCAGACAACAUUGUCUGGUAUUAAAUAUAUAGUAUAUUAGUGCAUGUAAAUAGACAUUUUGUACUUCAAUUGCUACUUUAUAGUCAAGAUUAUAUUAUAAAUUAGAUAAAUUGUAUAAUAAAGAUUUCUGCUUUUAUGUAAGGUAGUAAAACUGUGUGUGUUAGAAUAAAACUUACCGAUUUAACUUGCCGUCGAUCGCGUAAAUAUUUAAUACUCAUCCAAAGGAAAAGAAGAUUAAAAUCACAGCUGAAAUUUUCACUCUUUGAAAACCGGAAACCAAUUCUGAAUAUUCCGGAAAUUCGCUAGUGUUCAUUAAAAUACCGCUGAUAAAAUAUUAUGUUAUUGUUGGCUCAUGGGGUUUAGGUCGAUCCUAUCUAGUGCCUUCCGCGCUGAAGACGCAAGCUCCCUAGGGGGUCCGGGGGUAUGCCCUCAGGAACAUUUUGAAAAUUAGAACCCUAAAAAUGCCAUUUCCUGCGAUAUGGGCAUUGAAUUAUGAGCUUCAGUAUGACUUCAAAAAAGGAAAAACCUUUAUUUCUGAAUUUGAUUUUUUGCACCCCCCAUGCAUCCCUGUUGACCAAGGCCAACAGGGGGUGCGCACCCCUGUGUACCCCCUAUAAAUCCACCCCUGUUUUCAAGACGUAUUAAGUAUUGCACUGUAUGUUUCUAUGUUUAGGACGAGUUUGCAAUCUACGAAGUCAACGAUCCAUUUGUUCAAAAUCUUAUUUCCACUUUGGAAUCUUCGCUUCUCACUUUCAAGGCAAGUUAAAAUUUCUGUUCCUUUAAUGUGCUGUCCUAUAAUAUAUAGAAACAUUAAGUUUUAGUGUUUUUUCUUGUACUUGUAUAUAGGGUCCGUUAGCUUCGGAUAAUUAUGAUUCGUUAGUCUAUCUGGUCACAAACGAAAUUGCAGCUCUGUUGGAGAAAGUGAUUUUGAAAUCUAAAUUCAACAGGGUAUUGUUGAUAUUAAUAAUUAUUGCAAUUAUUUUUAAACCAAACUAACUUUAUUUAUGAAGAACUUUCUCCGUUUUGUCACCGACACCUAGCCCUCAAGAAUGAUAUUUUUCUCAUUAUUUAUUAUGUACUAUUUAAAACACGAGUAGGAGUCAUGUUUCGCUCGCUACUCUGGUUUAAUUAAAUAAAUGAUUACAAAGCCUAGUCGAAUUGUAAUCAAGACCCAACGUUUCGACACUCCAGUCUAGUGUCUUCAUCAGGGGUGAUGAAACCAUAUGGUCAAAGACUUUGCCUAGAAGCGUGGCAUAUAAAUAUGAGUCAUCAUGCUUUGAAUAGGGAUGACGGCGCCUAUUUGCCAGAGGAAUAUAUGCAUCUUCUUGGCAGGUGACGUCAUCCCUUGGGUAUUUAAGAAGCCACGAUCGCAGUUUUAGGUGAAUCACCCCUGAUGAAGACACUAGACUGGAGUGUCGAAACGUUGGGUCUUGAUUACAAUUCGACUGGGCUUUGUAAUCAUUUAUUUAAACCAGAGUAGGGAGCGAAACAUGAUUGAUAUACCUGGUUGCAGUGAACGAACAAACUUUAUACGAGUAGGAGUGUUUUAUCAGAUAAAAAACGCGAGGCGCAGUUUUAUGAGGGUCCUGAAGGGGUAAAAUGGGAACUGGGAUUUGCUUAUUUUUGGGUGGGAAAAUGGGAUUUCAUGCACUGGGACUGGGAUUCAUCAGCAAAAAAACAAUAGAAAAUGGGAAUGGGAUUAAGAUUUGAGAAGGACAGCCACUGAGAUGAUAGGAUUUGUGCUCUGGGACAAUGGGAUUUAGUCAAAAUUUGGGCUGGGAAAUGGGAAUACGGGGUCCCCUUCAGGACCCUCUUUUAUGUCUGAUAAAACACAACAACGAGUGUUUGAAUAGCUUAAAAUACGAUUAUACAAAAGAAUACUAAUUAGGAUGAACAAUUAUAUAAUCAUACUAAUUAGGAUGAACAAUUAUAUAAAGAAUACUAAUGAAGAUGAGUUUUAUCAGAUAUAAAGUCACUCCACGUGACAUAUUAUGGCUGACAUGAUUUGCUACAAGGUUUAUGAAUUAUUACUGAGUAUUUUAAGGAAAUUAACAUGAUUUUUUCUCUAACCAACGACACGGUAGUGAUUUCCUUUCUCUUUUCCUCUUGGAUUAUGUUAAUGAGUUUUUGAAUUGUGUUUAUUUCAAGCUUGGAGGCCUUCAAUUUGACAAAGAACUGCGUUCACUGGUUGGAUAUUUAACCGCUAUCACACAAUGGACAGUGCGAGAUAAGUUUGCAAGGCUUACUCAAAUGGCAACCAUUUUGAAUAUGGAAAGGGUAGGAAAAGAGCUUUAGCAUGGAAGCUGGUCAACUCGGCCCACUGACCAACUCGGCCCCUACCAUGUUGGCCCAAUUGUUAACUUCUGUUUGACAUAUUAGGAAAGCUAAUAUUUCACAAAAGAUAGCACCAAACCAAUACAGCCAUUUGCAGUUGCAUUAGGCGUACAGAUGAGUAAAGUUUGACAACAUCCAGUUUGACUUAAUUUAAUUAAAGAAUCUAUCCAAGUUUCAAAUUCUCGAUCUGUCCAUUUUGAUACUAAAUUACUGACCAUUCAAAUCUCUCUCAACAUUUGCAAAGAUAGAACCCAGUCAUGGCUCCUAGCUUGUUUAGCGGUUAGGUUAAUCAGUUUACAAGCAGGUGGAGUUGGCCCUUGAACAGUGGGCCGAGUUGGUUAGUGGGCCGAGUUGGCUGUAAAGCCUUUAGCAUUACGUCAUUACAAUAUAUGAUCCAGUUAGGUCAAUGCACAAAUGUUUUCCACCGAAGUGGCCCCCAUAUAUGGGUAUGCGUAUAGGCUAGAACAUAGAUCCAAUAAUAUUCAUUCGACUUUCACAUGGUCAGUGACGAUAUAUUCUGGAAACUCUCCAAACGUCUGUCAAAGUCACUCAACUGUUGAAAUAUUGAUAAGUAGGUGCUGUCGUCAGAGCAAGCCUGAGAUCGUGAGUUCGACUUUCGCUAUACGAACUCGUGUGAAAGGAGUCUGACACAACGCUCUGCCGAAAGUCGCCGGCUGCUCCAGUUUCCCCCCACAUGCAUGGAACGUUGACAGGGUGGGCAACCGUGGGUUAGGAAAGUAAUAUCACAAUUGUUGUAAAGAUAAAUAGUCUACACGCGUAAAAUUAUGUGCCUGCUGUUGAACAGGAUUGAACAAUGUUGUGCGGCCCACAUUGUUCACACUUGUCAACAAUAUUGAACAAUGUUGUUGAGCCUGAAUCGGGUGUAACAUAUUGUUCAAUAUUGUUGACAACUGUGAACAAUGUGGGCCGCACAACAUUGUUUCAAUCCUGUUUUCAUCAAUAUUGCGGCAACCUGAUCGUUUUUAGCUGUGUAGUCUAAGUAAGUGAUAUAAGUAUAAGCAUAAUAUACUUGAUGUAAUCGGUCAGUGAAAAGCCCCGAUGAGAAGUGAGCUCAAGUGGCUUAAUAAACAUGUCUAAAUAUAGGUUAAAGACAAUACAUUUCUAAAGGUUUCAAUAAUGCAAAUCAUUAAAAAUGUGCAUAGAAUGAUCUGUAGGUUGCUAUGUACAGUAUAGACCCAUUGUACAUGACGUCACAGCGCCGGUGACGAUGCAUCUGGAGGACAAAUUGGCAAUCUAUGCAUAAUAUAACUUUUGUAUACAAAGCAAAUUUUGUAAAAGUUUACAAUAAUUUUGUAUUAAAAUGGUUUUUUGUGGUCAUUGUAUUAAAAUGGUUAAUUUUUGCGCUGUAUGUGGUUGUUGUACCCGAACAGAUAUUGUUAGGGAGCAUCUGGAGGACACUCUAAGGAUUUGUGACGUCAGUGCAAUGGGUAUAGCUUCGCCACUGAGUGUAUGUAUAUGUAUAUUCGCGGUGAUGAAGUGAAGUAGUUAACGCAGCAAUGUAUAAAUGCAGUUAGUAAUAAGAGUUCGAUACUCUGACUUUACUAGGUGAGUGAAAUCAUGGAGUAUUGGGAUUCCAGUUCUGGUCCGCUGACCUGGAGGCUGACACCAACAGAGGUUCGCCAAAUCAUGACUCUAAGGUAUGCAUAUUAGUAGCACUGAUAAUAAUUUUUUUUUUAUUCAUUUAAAUAAAGCGCAUAUGUUAUAUUAUAUACUCGAAGCGCUGUACAUUAUAAAAAUCUAAAUAUAUUAAGAAUUAAAUAUGCUAUAUAAAACAUGGUAUUGUAUCAGAACAAUUAGAAUAUACACUAAUGUAUGUAUCUAUAAUAAGAAUGAUAGAAUCCAAUAUGGUCUCAACCUAUAAAGGGUUAUAAACCUUAUUGAAAAGAAAUGUUUUCAAGCGUUUCUUAAACACAGAAAUGUUUUCACAAUUCCUGACAUCCAGAGGCAGACAAUUCCAUAAUUGUGGAGCAGCAUGUGCGAAAGCCCGAUCUCCUAGAGUCUUACAGUUUGUUUUCUGGAUGUAUAAUAGACCUUGACCAUCCGAUCGUAAUGUCCAGCGAUCACUUGAUUGUUUUGGGAUAAGCAUUUCAGAGAUGUAGAUAGGGGCAAUGUUAUUAAGAGCCUUGUAAACCAGUAAAGCAAUUUUGAAUUCCACCCGGAAUUUUACCGGUAGCCAGUGAAGUGAUCUCAAAACUGGGGUGAUGUGAGAAAAUCUUGGACAGUGGUAGAUUAGUCUAGCAGCGGCAUUAAGAACUCUCUGAAUUCGCUGGACUUGAUAGUCCACGUGUGAUGUCACGAAAGCAUGUAUCAAAGUUUUCGUUGUAUUAGUAGAUAAAAAUUUUCUAAUUUGUCGUAUUUUAUAAAGUCCUCUGAAUGCUUUACUGCACAUCUUGCCUACAUGAACUGACAUUGACAUAUGCUUGUCAAACCAAGAUCCCAAGUUUCGAACACUGUCAACCGGCUUAAUUUGGACCCCACCAACGUUAACGGAUUGAAUGUGGCUCAAGGAUUCAAGCAUGGCUACAGAAAGCAGGGAGCAAUGGAAUGACUCUACCUUCAUAGUCUAAGGGGAGGGAGCUAUUACUAUUCACAUAUGCAUGUUCCCGUAUCCCCCUACAAUGUUGGUUUUGACAUGCAUUUCACAAAACGUUCACGUAACCAAUUUAUAAUCUUUCGACCUUGAACGGGAGAAGGGGAAGUUCAAAAUUGCUGGCAAGGCAGAUAUUUCUAUUUCCGCGCGCGCUGCCCACAAUAAUUUUUGCCAGGAUUGUAGUUUUUCACAAAAAGUCAAAAAUACCUAUCAGUUUAUAUAUUGCCAUGCAUUCAUUUUAACAAUUUUGUUUUUAUAGAGUGGACUUUCGUCUGGAAGACAUAAAUCGAUUAAAGUUAUGACAUGCCUGCUGUACACAGUAAUUGAAUCUUGAACGCCACUGGAUAUUCGUAUCCACCAAUAAUAAAGAGCUUUAAAGGGAUAUGGCAAUAUAAAUUAAGUUUGUCUUAUUAUGAUUUAUAAUAUAGCAUUUGUAAAUUUUAAACGCUGAUUGGCUAAGAGCCGUGUUGAUAUAACUCAAUGUCAACACGGGCAAUUUUCCGCCGCUUGUAAACACGGAAAUUUUUCUUAUCCUUCGGGCUUUUGACAUUGCUAUAUUAUAAAAAAAAAUAUAAAACAUUUUUUCCGUAUUGAUAUAUAGUUAUAUCAACACUCGUGCAAGUUGGGAAAACUCGAAAUUGUAUGAAAACACUCCGCCCUUCGGGCGUCGUGUUUCCGCACAAUUUCUCGUUUUCCCAAUUCCACUCUUGUUGAUAUAACUGUAUAUCAACACGGAAAAUGUUUUAUAUUUGUUAAAUAUAAACUUCCUUUACAAUUAUUCCGUAUCUUGCUUGGCUUUCGAAAUAAAUCGACUUAUUUUGAUCACGAGCAGCGUGCAUUCCGCCAUCUUGGAUAUGCAUUCGAUAUGCAUACGUCACAAGUAGGGUAAAAACCGAAAUUUUUUUCUUGCAAACCACAUGUCAUUGUUAAUAUAAAACUCGAUUUUUAGUACUCAAUUAACUCACAACAUUUUAAUACCAACAAUUUCGGACUACACACUGUUUUUGGUCAAAAUAUUUCGAAAACCAAGCAAGGUGCGAAAAAGUUGUAAAAGGUUUUCAUAUAUAACUUUAAAAGUUCUUUCAAAUGAGACAAAGUUAAUUUUUAUUACCAUAUCCCUUACGAUGUAAGACGACAACUAUACAGCCCCAAAGUUCAGUGGUCGGUUGUACGAAGGCCUUCAAGCCUCCUAAAUUUGUCCGUUGGUAUAACCCUGAUUAAACUUUGGCAUUUAUAAAUUAAAGUUCACUGCGAGCUCAGAUUGCUCAGUCCACAUCCGAAUUUUAUGUAAUAUUUCAAAUCCAACUAUGUGGCUGUUAACAACUUAUAACAACCUUGUUGAUAUUAUCAGACUUGUUGCAAGGUUGUUCCAACAAGUCCGAUACAGUCGUGAUAUAGCAAUAAUAGGGCCAUUUAUACGUGACAAAAUAAGUCGCGACUUACAUAAGACGCGACUUAAAUAAGUGGAGUUAUCGCAUAAAUGGUUCUCUACGGCUUUGGUCUUAUUUAUUUGCUAUAGCUAUAAUGUUGUUUCGGUUGUUUUUGUUUUAAUAUGCAAGGCUUUAAAUUUUACGUUGUUUCAAGUUUCUGGCAUGUGUAGUUAGAAUUUUUGUCCAAAAUUUCUUAUUUAAGACGCGACUUAAAUAAGAACAGCUAAAAGACCUGUUCUUAUGUAAGACGCGUCUUACAUAAGAAUUUUGUACCUUUUAUACCACAAACUCGCGUCUUACUUAAGUCGCGUCUUAUCUAAGUCGCGUCUUAUUUUGUUCCGUAUAAAUGGCCCUAUUGUUACAACUUUGUGUCGUCAAACUUGUAACAUUCUUGUUAUAUCAUGACUGUAUCAGACUUGUUAGAACAACCGUGUAACUAGUCUGAUAAUGCCAUCAAAUGCAAUGACUUGGAAUCUGGCCCAGCCCGAAUUGAAGGAUUUGAAUAAAUUAUUUUUGAUCCAGUCCAAGAACUGAAUUAAUCAGUUUGACCCAGUCCUAGGACUGGGUCAAUAUACUUCACCAGGUAUUCAGUAUUAUCAUGUGAGCAAACUAUGUUGUGGUGUCACUGUAAUAAAAUGUUUUCAUCAUA